UCCAGCUGCAGCUCCUCUUCAAACGUGACUCUCGCAGCACACCAUGCUGUCCCGGGCUGUGCUGGGCACCCUGCUGCUGUGGACCAGCGCACUGCCAACUCCCACAGGUCACCCCCAGGAGAACACCAGGACGUGGUUCCAGAAAUUCCAUUUUCACGAUCUGAAACAGAAUUACAGACAUCUCUCGUCCACGGGCCUUUUCAGAUCUUUGGUGGACAAGGCUCCCCCAGGACUGGCUGUGUUCAAGAGCAGUGACACCGGCUUGAUGGCAUUCCUGAACCCCCGACGCUGUGGUGUUCCUGAUCUCCCUCAGCAGGGUAAUGGGCAUAGCAAGCAGAACCGUCAGAAACGAUUUGUGAUUGCUGGGGAUCGAUGGAACAAAACUGACCUGACAUACAAAAUUGUGCGCUUUCCGUGGCAACUGAGCAAAGUAAAAGUACAACGUACUAUUGCCAAGGCUGUAAAGGUCUGGAGCGAUGUGACUCCGUUGACAUUCACAGAGGUCCAGGAGGGUGGGGUUGACAUUAUCAUUGAUUUCUCAAGAUAUUGGCACGGAGACAACCUCCCAUUCGAUGGCCCUGGUGGGGUAUUAGCUCAUGCUUUCUACCCCAGAACCCCUCGAGCUGGGAACGUUCACUUUGAUUAUGAUGAGAUGUGGACAAUUGGCAACAAUAAGGGUACUGAUCUCCUUCAAGUUGCGGCUCAUGAGUUUGGCCAUGCCCUUGGCCUGCAACAUUCAACAGUCCCCAAAUCCUUGAUGUCGCCCUAUUAUAGUUUCCGUUACCCACUGAGUCUGGCUGAGGAUGAUAAACAAGGGAUACAGUAUUUAUAUGGACGGCCUCAGCACACAUCGCAUCACAGAUAUGAACACUUCAACCAGAACAUUGAAACCAAUGAGCUGCCCAGUAGCCACAACCCAACACAAGAGCCAAACGCCUGUGAAACAGAUUUUGAUGCAGUAUCAAUGAUCCGUGGAGAACUUUUCUUUUUUAAAUCCAAGUAUGUGUGGAGAUUGAGAGACCAAUAUCUGCAGCCAGGCUAUCCAGCCUUGGCUUCACGUCACUGGUGGGGAAUCCCUGAUCACAUUGAUGCAGCGUUUGAAGACUCUUCUGGAAAUUUUUGGUUCUUCCAAGGUGCCCGCUACUGGAUUUAUGAUGGAGAAAAUCAGGUAUCAGGGCCCAAAUUUAUCUCUGAACUGGGGCUCUCUGCCAAUGGGAUUGAAGCAGCCCUGAAAUGGGCCUUAGAGAAGAAUGAAAAGAUUCUGUUUUUUAAAGGAAGUGAUUACUGGCGAUUCAACAUGAACACAAACCAUGUGGAUAAUAUUUACCCCAGCAGCAUCAAUGAUUGGAGGGGAAUUCCUCACAAUAUCGAUGGGACCUUUCAGGAUGAGUAUGGUUAUGCUUAUUUCCUCCAAGGGAGAUACUACUGGAAAUUUGACCCAAUUCAGGUGAAGGUACAAGAUGGAUAUCCACGUCUGAUAGGCCAGGACUUCUUUGGAUGUGCCCCCUCCCCCCAUCCAUACAGAUGAUUCUAAAUCACCCUCAAAGCUGGUGGAGUAACCUCAUGAAACUCAUCAGAAUCCGAUCCCAAAGUAUUCCUGUAUAGCUUAAUUUGGGAUUUGAUCGCUGAGCAGAUAUAUGAUUUACUCGUUUAAAACUUUCCCAUUUUCUUUCCUGGGAUUCUUUAUUUUGGACAUUAAUUUAGAUUUCAAUUAAUCAUCGUCGUGUAACGGAUGGGAGAUGUUGACUGUUAGAAGCUGGAAUAAGGACGUUCAUACAGCUUCAUGUGUUUUUAUUGAGUACUUGUGUGACCUCUUUGGUUUAGAUAAUAUCUUCCUCUCUGUAUUUGCUUUUUGAACAAAUAAUUAUUGCUCCUUUUCUGUUCAAAUACUUCAUCACAAUUCUUAGAGACUUCAGGGAUUUUUCUAUAGAAAUUGUGUCUUCAGCCAAGUAGGACUAAUCUCAUUAAAUAUGUGAUAAAUACUUUGCCUAUCACACUAUGCGAAAUUCUGACUUUUCCUGUAAAAUACCUUGUUUUUAAUUUUAUUUUUCGUCACAGUAUAUGCUUCUGUGACUCAGUUCCACUCCAAAAAGGAUGUUAUUCAAGAACUUGAAUCAUGUCAGAUCAUGUCCUGAAAGCCAUUACAUUAGGCUCCGCCACUGUUAAGCGCUCCGCGACGCUGACCUACGUGAAGGGCGUAAUGUAAAUACAAGUUGUUGUUGCCUCUACCCCCUCCCCACCCAGCUGUUGUUGUUUGUGCAUUUGUGCACGGAACUCUUACUCGGAACUCUUACCCCUGCCCAUGUGCUCUGCCCGACACUUUUUGACUUGUCACAUUUUUUGUGAUUAUUUCUUAUAACCUUUUUUCUUCCCAGAAUAUUUAUGGUUUUUAUCAUUUUUUGUUCUCUGACCUUCGCUCUCAUCCCUUCUUUUUCUUAUCGUUAGGUUACUGUUAUCUCCACCCGAUCCCACCCCCCUUUGCUGAUUUAAAGCCCUUUCUACAGCCCUGUUUAUCCUUUCCGUUAGGACUUUGGUCCGAGCCCGGUUCAGGUGUAGGUCAGGCCAGCAGUCCAGCUCCUUCCUGUCCUAGUACUGGCCCAGCCCAACCAUAACAUCACCCACAGGUCAGUGGAUAGUCAUUAGAAACAGAAAACGUAACCAAUUUUGGUCACUUGAGAUAAAUUGUAAUGACCCAACAACUGACAUCAGCUAACUCUGCGAAAAUUGGUACAAAAACAGCUGAAUAUGUUGCAGAAAUAUCACCCACACUGUUGAAUAAUUUGUUUUGAAAAUUGCAGUUAAGUUGGAAAAAAUGUGCCAGGCCUCGGUUUCCCUCUCCCUUCCUCUGGGAUGAUUUGCUUUGAAUAAAAACUAUUUUUUAAAAAUGGCUCACAAGCUAACUGAAAGGUACCCAGCCUGAGACUAUUUCAUGCAGCCGGGGUGAGGCUUGAGUUUGCUGAUCAACGUAGAAGGCACAAUAUUGACUGCAGUCCCCUGUGAAAACAAAUGCUGUGCCAACAGGAUCAUGUUUACUUCAUAUCCUUUCCCUGACCCACUGAUGAAAGCAUUCAUUCUGCCUGAGGUCAGACAUGAUGAAUAACCAUUUGGGCAAAGUACCAGUGGGUAAGAAACACCAAUGGAACUGUAAGCAGCAAAAAGUUAACGGUUUGUUUCCAAUCAAUUGCCGCUCCUC